AUGGCAGCUCAAAGCAACUCUGAGGAUGCCUCCUUUGUACCCUUCACUACGGCAGAGCGCAUCCAGCAAUUGGGUGAGAUUGACGAAAGUAUCGUCAGCCUCCUCCGAACCGUUGGUGCUGCCAUUCAAAGUCUCAACAAGUCAGAUACCAGCGAUGAGGAUGUAUCCAUGAAUGCUGGCGGUGAUGCCGACUCAGACGAUGACGACGACGAGCCAGGUAAGGACACGGCUUUCAAACACCACACGAACGACUUCUUGCGAACACUGCGCUCUGUCAACGUGCGACUGAAGCGACAGAUAUGGGGGUUGGAGGAAGCUGGCAUCAUCAGGUCUAGCGAUGCGCCAGCAGGCGACACAGCGGGUGACCAUGGCAACAAGACUUUAGAACCAGACGGCAAUGGCAAGAUUGGCGGCAUGGAUGUGGGCUGGCUGAACAGCAGAAGCAACAAGGUGGAGAGAGACAUGGAAUCCGAGCUCUGGGACCAGGCUGAGGCGUUCUUAAAAGACGUGAUCAAGAAGGCCGAAUUAGCCGUCCCCGAAGCAGACGACAAGAUGACUUGGUAA